AUGAAGGCGUCGACGUUCAUUGGAUUGUUCGCCUUGUGCGUUGUGAAAUUUCAGGGCUUUCAAGUCGAAGGUGCGUGCGUGCCACUUUGUGGAGCACCUGCAUUGCCACCCUCGUGCACCUCUCCCCCGGUGAAUCCGUCGGUCUCUCAGUUACCAGAACUCCUCGAAUUGUUGAGUUUACUUAGCAAAAGCCCAGCUCCAAGUCCGGCCCCACCUCCAGUCUUGCCCCCACCAUGCCCAUGUCCACCUGCCUUGCCCCCGCCAUGCCCAUGUCCACCUGCCUUGCCCCCGCCACCUGUUGUGCCACCACCAUGUCUUCCACCACCUGUCUUGCCCCCACCUGUCUUGCCACCACCAUGUCUGCCACCACCAGUUUUGCCCCCACCAUGUCUGCCACCACCAGUUUUGCCUCCACCAUGCUUGCCAACCCCGUGUCUGCCACCACCUGUCGUGAAACCACCUGUUGUGCCGCCACCUGUGAAUCCUGUUAUCGCCCUGCUUAGUACGCCUUGUGCUAUUACGAAACUCCCGUUGCCACAACUGCUGGACCUGUUGAACUAUAUCGUGUGCAACCCUGCGGUGUUGUCCGGUGUACCGCCAAAGGUUAUUAUCGAGUUGCUCGCAUUCGUCGCGUCCAACCCGGCCGUCUUGCAAGCCAUACCGGUCGACACGCUGCUCGGUCUGGUCAAAGCUGUUCUAGCCUUAUUGCCCGUAUUGUCGACCGUCGUGCCGGCCAACAUCCUCCAGGCUUUCUUGACCGCUCUUUUGGCAGCCAAAGGUAUCACCAGUCCAGCGACCUCUACGACUAUUCAAGCCCAAGUGUCCCUGCCACCGGCACCGACACCGACCAUCGUGGCCGGACCCAACACACCGCCAAUAGUCGUCCAGUUGCCCAAGGUGGCGUUGCAAAAAGCACCGGUCGUUUUUCCAGCCGGUCCAUCGCCGAAUUUGCUACUGAAACUCUGCCAAGCUCCUCCUCAGCCCCCGAAAGUCGUCGGCAACACCUGCUCCGGACCGAUAAUCAUCAACGACAACAGUAAAGUCAAAGACCCCACUAUCACAUGUGCACCGGCGCCACCACCUUCGAGUGUUAUCUUGGAAUUGCCCUCGCCAAAUCCGGCCGGCCCUCCUAUAGUGUUGCCACCUUCACCUUUGCCACAAGUGUUCUACAACCCUGGUGACAUCUGCAGCUUCGCCGACAUUGUUCUGCAGUCACCACCUCUCCCGCCUAAGUUGUUCACUAUGCCGCAGCCACCAUUGUCUCCACAACCAGGCUACCCAAUCCCUCCACCAUGUCCACCGUUGCCACCCGUACUUGCUUCGAUACCUUGUCCCCCGUCUUGUGGUUGUUAG